AUGUCAUUUUCAAUACCACCAUUAAGUAGUAUUGGUAGCCAUAACAAUAAUAAAAAUAAUAAUAAUAACAAUAAUAAUAAUAGUAAUAAUAAUAAUUCACAUGCACCAAGAACCUCAAUAAAGAAAAGUCAUAAAGAAUCAAUUAUUGGAACCAAUGAUGAUGCAGCUUCAUGUAAAUUAUCAGCAGUCAAUGUUGGAUAUUAUUCAGACCCAUUUGUAAAAUAUUUUGUUAAACAUCCAAUUAGAAGACAACCAUUAAUCAAUCGUGGUUUCUUUUCAAGAGUUGAAUGUAUUGAACAAUUAGUAUCACAAUUCUUUACUCAAUAUAAAGAUAUAAAUAAAAAACAAAUCAUUAGUUUAGGUUGUGGUUUUGAUACUUAUUAUUUUAGAUUAAUGAAUAAUAAAGAUAUUAAAAAGGAUUUUAUAUAUUUUGAAGUUGAUUAUGAUCAAGUGAUUAGUAAUAAAAUAAAGAUAAUUCAAAAUCAUAAAGAGUUGCAAUCAAUGAUUGAUCAAGAAUGGGAUAGUAAAUAUGAUACGAAUGAAAAGUUAGCAUCAAUGGUAAAUCAUCAGAGAGUAUCAUCGAAAUCAUAUAGAUUAGGUUCAAUUGAUUUAACCAAUUUAGAAACAUUUAAAAUUUUCGAUGAAUUAGAGAUAGAUUAUAAUGUACCAACUUUAUUCUUAUCAGAAUGUGUUUUAGUUUAUAUUCCAACCAAAUGUGGUAACGAUGUUAUUCAAUGGGCAUCUAAUAAAUUCUCUGAAUCUUGUUUCAUAACUUAUGAACAAAUUAAACCAAAUGAUGAAUUUGGUAGAAUGAUGAUUAAAAAUAUUGAAAUGAAAGGUUGUCCAUUAUUAUCAAUUGAAUCAUUUCCAGAAAUUGAUGAUCAAAGAAAAAGAUAUAAUAAUCUUGGUUGGAAUAAAACAGAGAUUUUAGAUAUGAGACAUGUAUAUAGUGAUUUUAUAAAUAAGAAUAGAAUAAAGGAAACUGAAAAAUUAGAAAUUUUUGAUGAAUUUGAAGAAUGGGAUUUAAUUCAAGGUCAUUAUGUUUAUGUGUUUGCAAUGAAAAGUAAUUCUCCUUCAAUUUUAGAUAGUUAUUAUUUUGAAAACUCAAAAAAUAAAUAA